UCUUCAAGCUGCUACGAAACGGUACAGUUGCUGAAUAAAGAGAAGAUACGUGUAAAAAUAAUAGACAAUAUGGAAAAAGAUAAGAAAUAUUGUGCCUUCGGAAGUGAAAACAUGGAGUCGAUAUGAACACUGAAAUUUUUCAAGAAACAAUCGAAAACACGUUGCGCGAGGAAGUAUUUGUUUCCUAAUCUCUAUAAAGACGUUAUUAUUUCGUACAUAACACAGUAUUAUUUUUCCGCAGAGUGCGAGACCAUCAACCUCGUCUUCGAAGACAAAAAAAUGUGAGGUAGUUCAAUUUCAACCUAAAGUCGAGACAUACCUUAGAACAAGGGCUUCAGAAAUGGCUAGUUCUAUCCAUUAUUUUAUCGACACCGUUAUCGAUCUCAUUGAAAGAGGCCAGGAAACAAGUAAUAUAAAGUUGUUCAAUAAAAUUUUCAAGCCAGAUUCAUCUCAAUCGGAUGUGUUCGAUAACACUGUACGUAAACAAAUCAUUAACUUGGUCAACGGUGAAAGUUCCACAGUCAUUGUAGCUGGAUUGCCUAAUUCAGGGAAAACGUAUACAUUUAUGGGAAAUAAGGAUAAUCCUGGAAUCCUCCCGAAUGCGAUAAAACUAUUAUUUGACUUAGUAAAAGAAGAAAGAGAACCAAAGUACAAAGUGACUGCGGAUAAUAAAAUAACUGCACUAACAAAAAAAACUAAAGAGACAGAAAGAGAAAAACGAUUAAAUCUGUGUAGAAUAUUCGGAUUUUUUGAAACACAAAUAUAUCUGAAUAAUUCAGGUUCUGGGGUUCCGCCUUCCAACAACGGAGUCGACAAUGAUCACAAGGACCUGUUCUCCGUGUGGCUUUCAGCGGUUGCGUAUGACGGUCAACAGUAUACGGAUCUUCUAACUGAUAAACCGUGUACUAUUAAAACAAACAUGAAAGAUGCACUAUAUUUUAACUCGGACUUUAUACAUGUGCCCACGGCAUUAGAGGCAUGCCAAAUACUGAUUGAUGCUAAGUCGAAAUCUGAAGAAUUGAGAACUCAAAACUUUAAACCUGAAAUCUUCUUUACGUUCAAACUGAUCAAAUAUCAACUAAAAACAUCUAAAUCUGAACGAAAACCUAUUGAACAAAAAUACUGCGGCACAAUAACUUUCUACUGUACUAGUGUCAAUAUGUUCAAUAUGUUCAAUAUGAAAGAAAUGAUAACGAGCGCGAAGAAUUUCAAAGACAAUUUCAACCAUGGUAUGAAUUCUAUCAGAACUUACGUCAGUGUCAAUUCGAGUCCGAUAUACUCGCAUGACCACAUAAAGAUGAUUCUUCGCGAAGCACUAUUAGGACGACAAUUAGUCACUUUCAUAGGGACCAUUGACGUUACACCAUUAUCCAUUAUACAUUUUUUGCACGAUUUGCCGAUUUUAAAACCAUCAUCUUAACCGUAGCGUAGUAUCAAACCGCUGUC